AUGUCCGACGACGAGCUGCUGCUGUCUGACAGCGACGAGUUGGAGCUGGAGCUGGGGCUGGGGUUGGAGCUGUCCGACGACGACGAGCUCGAGCUCGGCCUCGGCGACGACGACCACGACGACGGACUCGGGCUGGGCGAGCUGGAGCUGAGCGACGACGACGAGGUGCUGGACCUGGGGCUCUCGUCGGGCGAGGGCGACGAGGCGAAGAAUCCGGAGCUGGACGCCCUGCUCGCCGAGUCUGACGAGGUUGACGGCUCGGUCGGCUCGUCGGUCCAGCUCUCGGACGGCAUGUCCGCACUCGUUGGUGGUUCCGACAACAGCCUCAACAACUUACUGGCCGGCGACGAUGACGACGCCCUGCUCCGCGCAUCGUCGAGCGACGACGACGAUGGCAGUGAUGAAAGUGACGACGAUGAUGGCGAUGGCGACGGUGAGCCGCCUGUCGACGUUUCGUCGUUUGACUUUGAUGCCUCGGAGAUUACUGUGGUCACCGAGGACGACUACGAGGCUGAGGCUGUGACCAAUGCCGAGCUCGGUCCCGAACCCGUUGUUGAGGAUGAGGCUGAGCCCGUUGUUGAGGAUGAGGCUGAGCCCGUUGUCGAGGUUGAGGAUGAGGAUGAGCCCGUCGUUGAGGUCGAGGAUGAGGAUGAGCCCGUCGUUGAGGUCGAGGAUGAGGCUGAGCCCGUUGUCGAGGUUGAGGAUGAGGCUGAGCCCGCUGUUGAGGUUGAGGCCGAGGCUGAGCCCGUCGUCGAGGUUGAGUCCAAGGCUGAGCCUGUCGUCGAGACCGAGGCCGAGGCCGCCGCCAGAGCCGAGACCGCGGCCCUCACCAAGACCGAGGCCGAGCACACCACCAAGACCGAGGCCGAGCACACCACCAAGGCCGAGGCCGAGUUCACCACCAAGGCCGAGACCGAGGUCGCCACCAAGGCCGAGACCAGUCUUGAGUCCACGACUCAUCCCACUCCCUCGGCCAAAGCCACAACUCCGCACGCCGUCAUCCUCGAUGACGUGCUGGAGAGCCAGACUCAGGUCCGCGCAACAGAGCCGGACAUGGAAGUAGAGUCGGUGUCCGAGCUGGUGCCGUCGCCGCGCGACCGCAAGCCGACCGCGUCCCGCCGCCGUGCGCCGCGACGCGAUCGCCCAGAGAGCAGCACCACGCCACGCCGCCGUAAGCGGCGCAAGCAUCGCAGCCACAAGCAGACGCCCACAGGCCAGCCUGUUCAUCCCAGCAUGCUUGCCACCCCACCGCCACCGGCGCCGUACACUCCGCCCAAGCUGCGACUUGACAUGACGCCCGCCAAGAGCAACCGACCUGCCGCCUCGCCGGCCCAUCUUCUAGCCUCGCUCUCCAAGUCAGCUGCACUCGCGUCGGGCGUCGGUGCUAGCUCACGCAGGGGCUCGGGCCGGAAGGCGACCGGCGGGUCGCUCGGCCGGCGCGCUUCCGACCGCACCAAGCGCGCGCUUGCGCGUGCCAAACAGCGUUGCCGUCGCGACGCACAGAUCGAGCACAUGGAGCGCAGAGUGGCUGCCCAGGUCUACCGCUCGCGACAAGCCGAGCUAGCAGCGCGACAGGCCGAGGAGGCCGAGCGCGCCGCCGCAGCUCUCGCCUCGGCCUCGUCGCCUGCAGUCCGGUGGAAGCCGGCGGCUCGCUGGAACGAGCGCCGGGUGCCCGAGGCGGCGAGAGCGCGCGUGGGCCAUCCGCACCUCGACCCGGCGUACGAGGACCACGUCGCCAUGGCUGCCAUUCGCGCGCAAGACUAUGAGCGCCAGCUCAAGUUCCAAACCGCCAAGGCCAAACUCGAGGCUGAGACGUCCGAGUAUGAGCGGGCGCGUGAAGAGCGCAAGCGCCGCGCCGCCGCCAUCGACUCGUGGCGCAACUCAAAGCGCCGGGCGAACGGGUCGCGACGCGGAGCCGGCUCUGCCCGCGCCGCCCAUGGCUCGCUCACUGAUCUGGCCGGCGCCAGGCGCAGCCAGGAACAGUCGCGCGACACCGGGCCCGGCAGAGGCCGCGGGGACGCGCCCGUCCGUGACGACGUCUCGAACGGCUCGGCGUCGAGCGGCGGCGCCGACUCGCAGGCCGACCUGAUCUCGUCCCGCAAGCAAAAGCGGGCGGCGGCACGUCUGGAGCGGCUGCUCUCGCUGCGGAUGACCCGUGACGAGCUCAAGGACCGCAACAUCCUGCGCAUCGACCGCGGGGCCAACGUCGCCGCCGCCGCCGCGCCUUCCGGCUUGCCCUCAGCCGGCCACUCUGCUCUUAUUGCCAACACCCGGCGCCUCCUGCCGGCGCUGCUGGAGCGGCGGCCAUCGAUCGACCUCCUCCGCUCGCGCGGUGUCCUCCAGCCGGAGCACUCGACCGUCGAGUUUGCCAAGUUUCAGAAAAUGCUCGCCGGCAUCGACAAGAACAAGGACGCGUCGCUGGAGGACCUCGACGCUCUCGCCGAUAGCAUGCAGAUUGGUUCCGGCUCGGACGCCGGCUCGGAUGAGUCGGGCUCACCGAUUCACGAGCGAAGCGGCGUUGGGCUCAGCGGCGGACUCUCCAUCGACUUUGACCCGCUUGCCGUCGUCUCACCGGUCGACGACUACGACCAGGAUGCCACCGAGAGCAUCAAGCCCGACGCACGCAUCUGGGAUGUGCUCGACUCGGAGCCGCCACUGUACUAUAACGCCAAAAAGCGGGUUGCUGGCGGAACAGUCAACCGGCUCGUCGAGUUCCUCACCUUGUCGUCGGGCGUGUCGGACCUCUUCACGCGGGUCUUCUUCCUCACCUACAAGUGUUUCACCACCAAGGUCCAUCUCCUCGCCAAGCUACUGGGCCGCUAUCUGUAUGCUCCGACUGACGGCUCAGUCGACGUCCGCGGUGUCCGCGCCCGGGUCAUCUACGUCCUCCGCUUUUGGGUCGAGCACUUUCCGUUCGAUUUUGACCGCGCGCCGCGGCUGUUCUCGGAGAUUCAGGCGUUUGCAUCGACAACCCUCGUCGACGACGGCUUUCUGCAGCACUCGUCGCAACUCCUUGUCGCACUCGACCGUGCCACGUACCAGAUCCGGACCCGCAAGGAGGAGGAGCGGCGAGCCAAGGAAACCUUGCCGACACCUGACCUCCUCGCCAAGUACCGUAAGCGCGACAUCUGCGCGCUUGAUGCCGUCGACGUGGCCAAGCAGCUGACACUGGUCUCGUUCUCGCUCUUCCAGCGCAUCCGGCCAAGCGAGCUCAUCCGCGUGGUGUGGACCAAGUCUGCGACAGUUGCGCGCGCGCCCAACGUCAUGCGCAUGAUCGCACGGUUCAACGAGCUCUCGGCCUGGGUCCAGCUUGAAAUCCUCAAGCGGGAGAAGCCCAAGGAUCGGGCGGCAGUCAUCACCAAGUUUGUGUACAUUGCGCACGAGCUCGUGGCAUGCAACAACUUUGACUCGCUCAUGUCCAUCAUCGCCGCCCUUAACUCGGCACCCAUCCUCCGGCUCCGCCACUCCCAGGCGCUGAUCAAGUCCAAGGUCAAAGCCCGCCUCGCCGCUGUCGAGGAUGUCAUGUCGUCGCGGCUCAACCACUCCAAGUAUCGCUCCAUCCUCUUCGGCCUGCCGCGGACAACACCCGCGCUGCCGUACCUCGGCAUGUUCCUGCAGGACCUGUUCUUCAUCGACGAUGGCAACCCAGACAUGUAUCAGGACAAGCCCGGUGUCGUCAACUUUACCAAGCACCACCAGACGGCCUCGAUGAUCAUGCAGGUUCAGCGGUUCCAGGCAGUUCCGUUCACCUACGACGAAGUCCCAUGGAUCCGUGCCAUCGUCACACAGGCCUCGAGCCUCGACGACAAUGGUCUUUACUCUCUCUCCCUCGAGCGUGAACCUCGCCGGUAGCAAACGACCAGAUCGACUAAGAAAGAAAAAGAGAGAG